CAAAAAUCGUAGCGUGAAAACAUCUCUUACGUUCAAAUUAAGCUAAUUUCUUAUUAUUCCAUCGGGGCCAUGGGGUUUGUUAUUGUCGACAAACGUAAAGGAAUCGUGACUUGUGAGACACCUGUUUUUCAGCCUGGAGGCCCUGAAUCACAUGUUCCUCCGACAAGCACUGAAAAGCAGUUGAGGGCAAUUUUCAUGGAGUGCGAUAUCAAUAAGGACGGUGUUCUCAGCAAGAAAGAGCUAAAGCGAGCCUUCCGUCGUCUAGGUGCACUUAUCCCUGCCUUUAGAGCCGCCCGUGGGCUCCACCAUGCCGAUGCCAACCACGAUGGGGUUGUAGACAUGGAUGAGUUGGAUGAUCUCAUCAAAUAUGCUUAU